AUGACAGACCCUGUGUUGGACUCACAGCCAGCCAACAGCACUGGGGAUAUGGAUGGACUGUGCCCUGAGCUAUUGUUGAUCCCCUGACCUCUCUCUAACCAAGGACUCCUAGAACCUGUCCAGAGCCCCUGUCCUUCUGGGAACCCUCCACCUUUGCCUGCUGACCCAGGCUGCCUGCUGGUAGAAACCACAGCAACUGAAGAGGACACAGAGAACAUGGAGAUCAUUGUGGAAGCAGUAGUUGGAAACCUGUCCCCAGGUGCUCCUGGAGAGACCCCAGGUACCAACACAGUUACUAGCAGGCAAGUGAGACAAGCAACCCUGAGUUUUUGUCUGUGCUGUUUUUGA